AUGCAGUGGCUCCUCGCAACGAUUCUCGUCAUUCUUUCUCCUGCUGAGCUACGUGUCUCGAAGCAGAGCACAACUGGACAGCAGAGGAGCCACCCUGUGCCCCAACCAGCAGCUGAAACGGGUGCCAGACAUUUGCAGGACUGUGAAGUGAUUGGCUGGGCUGAACUUUGUGAACGAAAGAAGUUGACGGCCGGGUGCUUUCAACUCCAGCCCACCGCGGCAGCGCCACUCUGCGAGCUGCAAGGGCCGCAUGGGGCGCCGGCGCAGCUGCGCCCAGCGACUGCCGGGAUUCUGACCUUGACAUCCGCGGAGCUAAGAAUCACCGGGCAAAUUCAGAUGACUUCCCUUCGCCUGGCAGCCAAGACUGUGAACUUUGCAGAUGCUCACGUCGAAGCCUGGCAUGAAGCCCCAUCGGAUCCAAACUCCAACGCAUCUGGUGGUGCCUUUUUCAGCGAGGGGUCAUUCACUUUGACCAGAUCCCGCCUGACAGUGAGAGAUGUUCGCGCUACUACUAUGGAUGGUGGUGGCUUCGCAGCGGGCGGAGACCUGAAUGUGCGCCAAGACUCUGGAGUCGUGAUCGAGAACGUUUCAGCCAAGUCUGGUGCUGGCUUCCUUGCCACGGGAAAUGUCUACAUUUCGGACAACUCAAUGGUCUUCAUUCAGAAUGCGAGAUCCACAAAAAACGGAGGUGGCUUCUCAACCAGAAAACGCUUGCAAGUGUCCAACAGCUCAGUUGUCAGCCUUCAGAAUGUGACCACAGAAGGCCGUGGAGGAGGUUUGGAUGCCCUUGGAGGGGUUGAGAUAGCUGGGAACUCAACGGUCAGCAUUUCCAACAGUCACGCUGAAGCAGGAAGCGGUGGAGGUUUUUUCACUGCAAAGGGCUUGAAGGUGUCCACCGGCUCAAGGCUCGUCAUUCGGAAUGCGACAACUGGAUGGUCUGGAGGAGGGAUUUGUGCCAUUGGUAAGACAUUGAUCAGCAGGUCCAUAGUCACCAUUCAAAAUGCCAUGGCCCGGCGGUCUGGUGGAGGUUUUUACACUGAUGACGAAGUUGUCAUUGAUGAGAUGUCACGCGUCAGCAUUUCCACUUCAAGAUCGGGGAUCCAGGGCGGAGGCUUCGGAGCGGAGGGGCGCUUGCAGGUGACCAACAGCUCAGUCGUCAGCCUUCAGAAUGUGAUUGCUGGAACCAAUGGAGGAGGUUUCCUUGCACUUGGGGAGGUUGAGAUAGCUGGGAAUUCGACAGUCCAUAUUUCCAACAGUCGAGCUGAGACAGGAGCUGGUGGAGGUUUUGGAACCGCAAAAGGUUUGCAGGUGUCCACCGGCUCAAGGCUCAUCAUUCGGAAUGCGACAACCGGAAGUCAUGGAGGAGGACUCUAUGCUUUUGGCAAGAUCGCGAUCAGCAGCCACUCGACGGUCAAGAUUUCCAACAGUCGAGCUCCAGCAGGAAGCGGUGGAGGUUUUUUCACUGAAAAGGGCUUGAAGGUGUCCACCGGCUCAAGGCUCGUCAUUCGGAAUGCGACAGCUGGAAGGCAAGGAGGAGGAUUCUACGCCGCCAAAGGCAAGACUACCAUCAGCAGGUCCACCGUCAGCAUUCAAAAUGCCACGGCCAAGCAUUAUGGUGGAGGAUUUUGUGCAGUUGAUGAGGUUGUCAUCGAUGAGAUGUCAAGCGUCAGCAUUUCCACUUCAAGAUCGAGAUUUGGCGGAGGCUUCCAUACGAACAGACGCUUGCAGGUGACCAACAGCUCAUUUGUCAGCCUUCAGAACGUGACUGCGCAGAAGUAUGGAGGAGGUUUCCAUGCCAUUGGAGAAGUUGAGAUAGCUGGGAAUUCGACGGUCAAGAUUUCCAACAGUCACGCUGAAGCAGGAAGCGGUGGAGGUUUUUUCACUGAAAAGGGCUUGAAGGUGUCCAACGGCUCAAGACUCAUCAUUCGGAAUGCGGCUGCUGGAAAUUAUGGAGGAGGAUUCUACGCCAAGGGCAAGACCUUGAUCAGCAGGUCCACCAUCAACAUUCAAAAUGCCACGGCCCGGCAGCUUGGUGGAGGGUUCAGUGCUGAAGGAGUCGCAGUUAUCCAGGAUUCUACCGUGGCCAUGUUCAGCACGGAUGCCGGGGCAGAUGGUGGUGCUUUUUCCGUGUUUGGUUUGACUUUGCACAGAAGUCAAUUGUCGGUCAGCCACUCCACUGCAGCCGGAUCAGGCUCCGGAGGUCGUGCAGAUGGUCAAGUGCUUCUUUCAUCUGAAUCCAACUUGGUGGUGAAGGAUGCCCAAGGUCUCGACAAUUCCAAUGUGCUGACUGCAGCUUGCCUCCACCUACGUGAUCGGUCACACAUUCUCUUUGAAGAUGCCGUUGGCGGCCAUGGGGUGGAGCUGCAAAAUAGUGGAUGCUCUGCCGUUUGCUCCAACAGCACGUUCCAUGUUGCAGAGGAUGCAGCCCUGAACGCCAGUGGUCGCUUGAGCUCCGGUCUUCUCUCCCUUGCAGCCUGCCCGAAGGAGAAGGUACGUCUCUCAGGGAUCCAUUUGCGCUCCUGGUCCAGCGCGUUGCUCAGCACCCGCCCAAGCUCUGUGGUGGUUGACCAAGUGAGUGUCGAGUACGAACCACCGGUCAACAAUUUGCAGGUCCUGGCUGCCAAGGACGGCUUCGAGAUCGACUCUUUGACGGUUUCCUGCCAGAACUGCACCUGGGGCGUGACUUUCAACGCUUCGAAGGACAGAAGUCUGAAAGCCGUGAGCUCUGAACACCUGCAGUGCCCCAAGACAGCCACAGCGUCGAAAGGCUUGACGCCACGUUGCAAGUGUUCCAACUACCAGAUUGCAAAAGGGCGUUUCCGUGAUGUCGACGUGGUGCCAUUGGAACACAUUUUCCAGACGUGCACGUUCUGUGAGCCACACUUUCACUUUCGGAAUGACGAUUGCCUGAAGCGUGGAGUUUUCACUGCCUGGUCUGACGGGAGGAAGGAUGUUUGCCAUGUUCUGCCACGCAAGAAGACAGAGCUUGUCACACUCUUGACUGGUGGUGCCGUCGUGGUCAUUUUGACCUUCCUUGCGUUCGAGAUUUUGCAUGCUCCCUUGAUGAUCACUGAUGCGAAGUCAGAUUUGGCAGACCCAACACAAGCUGAAAGCAAGAGAACUUUCACGCUUGCAGUUCAAGGGCCAAUUGUUGAUCUUCACAAAAGCCUGUCUCGAUUGGUGAACCAGCGGGUGCGUUAUCGGGCAAAGGGAACGGGGUUGAUAUGGCUAGAUUAUGACCAGAAGAAGUCCAACGCAAUCAAAGUUCGCAAUACCGCACGCAGAAAGUUGUUGCUUCAAGACACAAAUCCACCGUUUGAUUGUGCUUCGUGCAAGGGUUCUUUGCACGCCGCUGAUAUUUUUUACCUGCUCAGCCUGCUCACUGUAUGCAUAUUAUUUGGUGCAUUGCUGCCUGCCAUCAUCAAGGUGGCAGUCACAUCCGGAAACGGUGUGGGACACGUUUUCGUUACGGCAAUUUACAUGACCCUUCCUCUGUUUGCUGGUGCUGCACUUCUGCAUUUCCCGGUCGCAUGGCUCAUCCAACGGCUAUAUCGUAGAACAUCAUUUUCGGAGGCUCUGGACGAGUACCGGAAGCAGAUCCACUGCAAGCCAUUCACAGGGCCUGAUGCGAUCCAUCCUCGCAACCAGGGAUUGCAGGCGCUGACUCUACGCGGGUUGUGGAAGCACUUCGAGAGCUUUAUUCUGGAGCGCAAUAUGCACUUUGUGGUUGCCAACAUAGUAACGCCCCUGACGCAAAGCAAGGGUGUGUCCUUUGUAACUCUUUGGGGUGGCAGGCGGGUGGAUUAUUUUGUGUCCCAUUCCUGGGGCACCAGCUUUCCGCACUUUGUGCAGUCUAUCCAGUGCCAUGCUUUGUCCAAAGAGGGCCCCACUUCUUGGAUCGAUGCAGCAUAUUGGAUCUGUUCGUUUGCGAACAACCAGUGGAACAUUGGAGCCGAACUUGGAAGUGAUCCCAUGGAGAGCGCCUUUGCACGAACUUUGACUGCGGGAAUCAAAGGAGUUGCGAUGGUCUUGGACCAGGAAGUGCAGCCUCUCACAAGAGUUUGGUGUCUAUUCGAAUUUCUCCUGUCCAGCCGUGAGCACUUGGAGUUGGUUUUUGUCACCAACGCUGGCGUAAUAGGUGAUGAUGGCUGCAGCUCCUUUGACAUUGCGUUGGAGGUGGGCAAGAAGAUCAAAUCUCUGCAAGUUGCCACGUGCGGGGCAUCUUCAGAGAAAGACAAGAAAGACAUCUUCAAGUACAUCAUCUCCAAGUUGGGAAGCCUUGAGCGAAUGGAUGAGCAAAUUCGGGCGCUCAUGGCUGAGAUGUUGAUGCGAAAUUUGGCCAACGUGGAACGGGCAACGGGAAGCCUAGUGGACAGCCUGGGUCAGGGCGGCCAGGGCAGCGCAACAGGCGUCACCCUGACCGAGGAGCGCUGUAAAACCAGAAUCCUCCGGAGCUGUUCAAUUUAAUAUAGUUUAAUCAUAAGCAAUUUUGUACAGAUUGCAACAUGUUGAGCACGCACAAGACCGUGACUCGUCCAAUAAAUUUGACCCACAUGAGCAACUAGCAGCGAAUCUGUUUUGGCAUGUCACAGCCGUUGGACAAGUAACCCAAAGAUUAUGCUGCUGGUUGCCCAACGGAUUUUGCAAAGCUUUGACGUGGCUUGAAACCAAAAGAAAA